UUUGUUUCUCUGAACCCACAACUUUCCAGCUUUUCACUUCAGGUCAUCGACUUCCGUCAUCCAUAAUAGCCUCUCUCUCCAGCCCGUUUGACAUCGGGCCAUCUCCCCUCAAUCAACACUAACCAAAACCCUCGGGUACCCGCCCAGCAAUGCCCGCAGACGGCGUCUACUUCUCCCCCACUGGGAAAAAGACCUUCAUUCCCCUCGAGAACAACCCGGACGUCUUCACCUCCCUCAUCCAUGACCUCGGCAUCUCAUCGUCGCUGGGCUUCUUCGACGUCUACAGCCUCGACGAGCCGGCCCUCCUGGCGCUCGUCCCGCGGCCCGCGUUGGCGCUCAUCUUCAUCGCUCCGGCGCCCAUGUACUACAGCGUCCGCGCCGCCGACGGCACGCGGACCGCGACGGAGGACGGCAUCACGUACAAGGGGGCCGGGCCGCAGGAGCCCGUGACGUGGUUCCGGCAGACCAUUGGCCACGCAUGCGGGCUGUACGCGCUCUUUCACGCCGUCGGCAGCGGGGAGGCGCGCGAGUUCGUGACGGAAGGGUCGUUGAUGGAUCGGCUGCUGAAGGAGGCGGAGCCGUUGGGGUGGGAGGCGAGGGCCGAUGUGUUGUACCGGAGCGAGGAGCUUGAGGAGGCGCACAUGAAGGCCGCGCGGAGGGGGGACACGGCGGCGCCCUCUGGGGAGGAGCCUGUGGGUUAUCACUUUAUCGCGUUUGUCAAGGGCCGGGACGGGCACCUGUGGGAGUUGGAGGGCGGUUCGGACGGGCCUGUGGACCGGGGGUUGUUGGAGGAAGGGGAGGAUAUGCUGAGCGAGGGGGCGUUGGAGAGGGGUGUCAAGAAGUUCCUGAGCUACGCGGAUGGGAAUUUGGAGUUUAGCAUUAUUGCGCUGGCGAAGACGGAGUGA